AUGUCUGAACCAACUCCCCUCCAAGAUGUACUCGCGGGAGAGUCCAUUUGUCUGGCGCAGGGACAAUUCUCAGCGCUCGUAGUGAACCUCAUCCAUGGCAUGAUCCAAGAACUGGGCGCAACCGUAUCCACCGAUAAAAAGUCAUCCACCAUCCUCCUCACCAACCCCUCCCACCAAUCCUUCCGCGAUUCCCCACACCUGUUCCAACCCAACGCCCACUCCGAGCCCAAGAUAUACCCAUACCACUGGCUCGCUUGGUGCAAAGACCAGAGACGGCACACAACGUUGACAGAUCUGAGACCAGAGAAACCGCUGUUCAUAUACCCUGCGAGGUCGGAGGAUUGGCGCCCUCUGAGGGCCUAUGUGUCGCUCAAUCUGUUAAGAAAUAACGGAGAGGAAGAUGGACGCGCAGCCAGACAUAACUGUUCACGCGACUUGCUCCUCCAUGGCGCACUCAUUGUCUCAAAACGAGCGGACGCCGACAUUCUCGUUAUCGAGAAAAGCACCGAGUUUUACAAGGUCGCCAAAGCGGAGAAUAAGAAGGCUGGGAGAAGCUGGCAGAGAUUUGUGGAGAGGAGCUGGGUGAAUGGAUGUCUUCGUACGGGCAAGAUGGGGUGGCGGCGUGCAAAGCAUGAUCAGAAGGAAGAUAGUGGGGAGGAGAGUUUUGGGGAUGAGCCUCUCGUGCAGAGAGGGCCCGGGAGACCUGUGGGGGCAGCAAGGGUAGAUUACACGCCCGAUGACGAUGACUUCUUGUGUCGCUGGCUGGCGGCACACUUUGGCAGUUCAGGGUCUUUGUCGAGUCGCAAGACAUAUGAAAUGCUCGCCGCAGACAGUGCGCGAUACCCGACUGCUGCCCGCCAUCCACCGCAAUCCUGGCACGAGCGUUUCCGCAAGAAGGGCCACAUUCUCAAAGAACGUGUGCAUCGAUACGCUCGUGAAGGCGUCGAUAAAUCGCUCAAGACUAAGGCAGAGCGGCGGGUCUCAAAGGUGCAAGAACCGAGCGAUGAAGAAGAUCAGCUCGAUUCAAGUGAUGGAGAAGUCGCUCCAGAGGCGGGGCCGUCUGUUGUGGUAGGAAAAGGAAACGGCAAGCGUCUACAGGAAGAUUCGCCAGCGAGAGAGACACCGGUCAAGAAGAAGAAGCGGCAGAUUGCUCUUUCGGAUGACGAGGAUAAUACAGGGUCUCCAACCAAGUCUCGAACUCCUUCAAAAAUCCCUACCCCGGGUCGUUCCGAAAAUCAAGCUACAACGAGUCAAGCGACGCCGAGUCAAUCUGCAGUGGUACCUCCCUUGCGCGAUGAAGCACCCCGUGCUGCGUCCUCAAGUCCAAUCCGUCCUUCCCAAUCUAUUCCCGAGCGCCAGCCUGCGGAAGAGCUCGUUCCCGCUUCUAUCGAUGACAGCAAUUCUCCUCUCGUCCCUUCUUCGCAGGCUUCUGACGAGAAUGCGGCCACAAACGACGGGGCGGGCCAACGGACCGGACGUUCGUCCAUCGCCGCUGCUUCCCAGGCCGACAAUGUCCCGAAGGAACCGCUUUUCUUCAGCCCAGAUGCCUCACCCGCUGAAAAUCAAGCCUAUGACCGGCAAUCUCGCAGGUCGCCCUCAAGCUCCCCUGAUAUCGACCUACCCCAGAGAAGUCCUUACACUUCGCCAGGUCGACAUACUGGUAGAGCAGAGCAGCGAGAGGAAGAAAGCAUCGACUUUGUGGGAGUCGAGCCUGGGAUAUUUGAAAGUUUUCCGACCGCCGAGAAAGUCAUGGCCGCCGAGCCCUCUCGUCCUGCCGAAGAUGAAACUACUUCUCCCCGGGUAGCAGUGUCCAGGCGGUCUCGAUUCUCUGAAGCCAGCACUGCACCGGGUGACGACGAAGACGUCGAGAAUCUCACGGGGUUGGCUGAACAAAGCCCAACGGUCUCAUCUCAACGCCUGGAGGUGACGAAUACUAUCGUAGCACAAGAAGUGCGCAUUGUCGAGACAGGGCCGUCUCAGUCCGUUCCGAGACAAGCUCUACCGUCCCCGCCCACCAAUAUUCGUCCUGCCUCCGAGCUCAUCCGUACCAGGGCCACACGCCUUUCCCCUCUCAACCCCAGUGUCAACCUUCCAACUACUCCUCGCAAUGGUCCAUCUGUUGACGGGCCAGGGUCUCGAAGUAUCCCGAAAGGAACAGACUCCAACAUUCCCAAGGCUUCGCCCUUACCUGCGGCCAUCGCCAAUGCCCGGAAAAAGAGUCGCGGGCCAAGACGGUCUUUGCUGCAAGAACAGAUUGCGGGGAGUGCGAUCAAGAGGAGAAGGACGUUGGAUCGGUUGUCGGGGGUGUUUACACCAGGAAGUGGUAGGAAAAGUGCGGGGGCCAGAAGUGGUGGCCAUGAGACGAGUACGGAAGAGGAUGGCGAGUUGGAAAUGGUGGAUGCGGGUGGUAGCAAUACCUACGAGUAUGUCCGUGGACCACCCAUAUCCACCCUGUCCACCCCGCCUGGCCCUCCAGCCGAACCUCCCGUCCCGCCCAGACCCCGUCAUGUCCCUGCAAACGAGGCCGAGAGGGCAGAAAUGUUCCAGAAAGGUCAAUCGGUGAUGGAAAAGGUCAAGGCCAGGUAUAAGGAGAAGGUUGAGGCGCUUGCGAAGAGGUACGGUGUGGAUAAGCAGGAGAUAACGGUCCUUCUGACGAAGCUGGGGAAAACGGGAUCCAGGGGUGAGCAGUACUGGGCGGAUGUCGAGAGUCAACUCGAUCGGAUCAUCGCGAAGGUCUAA